AUGGCGAUGGCCAUUGCACCGGACCAGCCGUUCAGGUUAGAAGUUCACAAUGGUGGCCCACGUGCAGCAGUGGGAGGGAUCUUCAGCGGACGAGGCCGAAUGGAACGGGAAGUCGACGCGGGCCGGAUAUAUCUACUGAUCACUGAUCCAACACAUGCCGUGGGAUGCCCUGAUUGGCUGAACCGGGCACGUGGACGGGUGGACGUUCCCCUUUGGGAAAAGGUGCCUGGAUGCCCUAGGCUGCCAUCGAUUCUCUUACCAAAGAUCUACAGAACGCUUUCCAUGGCUGAAGAUUCUCGAGUGCAUGCGUCGUCAAUUGAUCCCUGA